AUGUUCACGCAAACGCGCGCACAAGCGGGCGUGCGCUUCAUGCGCGCACCGCCGCGCUCCUCGCAGAAGGAGAAGCCCCUGGGCAGCGAGCCGUGGUUCAACCCCGAGGGCGUGACGGCUGCCAAGCGCGAGUGGCUCGAGGCGCAGCAGCAGGCGCAGCAGCAGGGCGGCGGCGCGCGGCCGCAGUGGCCGCAGAGGAUCUUCGAGAACUUUUAUGUAGUGGUGGGUGGGCGCCACACGGCCGCUCCCGUGCAGCACGGCAGCCUCAGCCCUGCGCUGACACGGCGGCCCCCUGGCCCCGCCCCGCCGCGGCGCCCACUGCAGGGGCUCCCCCCCGACAUCGAAAUCACUCAGAUUGCAGAGCAGCUGUGCGAGCUGGAGCGCAAGCGGCGCCACCGGGAGGAGGCGUCGGCGGCGGGCGGCGCGGAUGAGAAGGAGCAAUACGACGCGGGGCCAGAGCCCGCGUUCGAGCCGCGGGUGGUGUACAGUUACCCCGAGGAGGGCGCCGCGCCGGCCCCCCUCAGCGACGCCGAGCUGGCGGCGCUGUGCUUCCCCCACGGCGUCGUGCCCGAGAAGCUGCGGCGGUCCGCCAGCUGCAGCGCGCUGGACGAGGUGGUGUUGGGGCGCCACGUGGACAGCGCUGAGCAGUGCUUCGUGUUCCGGCUCAAGGCUGCGGACAACUUCCCGCUCUACGGCGUCUGCUGGGUCGUCAAUGAGAUGCUGCACCGCGCCCCCUCCCUCGCGCGCUCCCGCUACAAGUCGUGCCGCGCCCCCUUCCGCUCCUGCAUGAUCUCUGCGCCCCGCUGCUACUGCCUGCUGACGCACUACCCGUUCUUCGACCUGCACUUCCGG